GACUGCGAGCCAUUCGGACGUACGCCGCAGAGGGCCACCAUGACCCCUGUGGUGACCCCGAAGAAGACACCCCAACCUCCCACUGGGCUGCUCAGUAUUGGUCGGUUUGCAGCAUCUACAGGAUGAUUGACAGCUGCUCUCUCUGAUCCCCAGGAUGCCUGUGGUGCCAGUGGGCGGGUCAUCUUCCUCCCAACAUGUGGUACCUGUCGCCCUCACCUGCUCCUGGCUGGUCCUGCUCUUCCACGCCGCCUUCGGCCAAAAACCUGCCAAGCUGCCUCUGAUUGGCCGAAAGCCAUUCAUCGCCGCCUGGAACGCCCCGCUGGACAUGUGCACCAUCAAGUACAACAUCACCACCAACCUUGACCGCCUUUUCCACAUUCACGGGAGCCCGCGUGCUGAUUGGACGGGUCAGAAUGUCACCAUUUUCUAUGCAAACCGGCUGGGCUACUACCCUCACUACACACCGCAGGGCGUCGCGGUGCAUGGUGGUCUGCCUCAGAACUGCAGCCUGGAUCUGCACCUGUUCAAGGCGUACCAGGACAUCAACCACUUCAUCCCUGCAGAGGACUUCCGUGGCCUGGCCGUCAUCGACUGGGAGUUCUGGCGGCCUCAGUGGAGCCGUAACUGGCACAAGAAGGACAUCUACAGGCGCAAGUCAAGGGAGCUGACCGCCAAGGCGUACAUUAAUGUGACGGAUGCUCAGGUGGAGGAGCUGGCACGACGGCGGUUUGAAAAAAGUGCCAAGGCAUUCAUGCAGAGGACUAUCCAGCUAGGGACGCGCCUUCGCCCCAACGGUCACUGGGGUUUCUACCUCUACCCUGACUGCCACAACUACAACCUGCAUGAGCAGAACUACACAGGCCUCUGCCCCCUGCUGGAGAGGCUGAGGAAUGACGAGCUGCUGUGGCUGUGGAACAGCAGCACUGCGCUCUUCCCCUCCGUAGCCAUCCGGAGAAGUCACACCGACAGCAUCAGCAACCUUCACUUCUCCCAGCACAGGAUCAGAGAGUCGCUCCGCAUCGCCUCACUCACCUCCAAGGAGUACGACCUCCCUACAUACGUGUACCUGAGGCUGGGCUACCGGGACGAGGCCCUGGCCUUCCUCACCCCAAAAGACUUGAUCCACACCAUCGGGGAGAGCGCCGCUCUGGGUGCUGCAGGAUUCGUCAUCUGGGGGGACCUGAACCUGACCUCGUCCAGGCAUAACUGCUCCAAAGUGAAGGCCUUCCUGAACCACCGCCUGGGUCAGUACAUCACCAACGUGACCAGAGCCGCCGAGGUCUGCAGCGAGUUCCUCUGCCAGGGGAACGGUCGCUGUGUCCGCCAGGACCCCCUCUCUCCUCAUUACCUUCACUUGAGCUCCAAGAGCUACCGCAUCCGGCGCGCUGGCGACGGAGACUUUACUGUCACCGGGUGGCACUCUCAGCACGAGCUGCAGCUUCUAACGGAUAGGUUUAAGUGCCACUGCUACGAAGGCCACGAGGGCGAGCACUGCGACAGCAUCAACAUAGUGAAGGAGGACGACGGGCCGUGGGGGGACGAUGAGGAGGAUGAGCAGGAGAGGAAGAGGACCGAGUGGGAGGACGAGCAGGGUGAACGGUGGGAGGGAGCGGAGAGCAGGGCAGCAUGGACCGGAUACAGCCUCCACCUGAUGGUGCUGAUGCUCCUGCUGAACUCGUUAGCUAAAACAGCCGUAUGAUGCACUCUGGUGGACAGAUGGUCAUUUUAACACAGCUGUGUCCAAGUGUCACUUCAUUUUACCAAGUAAAACAGCACUUUACAUAAAACAGAGAUUUGACAUGUUGACUUGAAACAUGAAGGUCCGUUUGAUUGUAAACUGAUCACCUGUUGAACACCUUGUGCUUCCUUUGUUGGCCAACAACUGCAUAGGAGUUUGAAUAAGGGACUGUAGACACUAAAGGUCAGACUUAAGGGUGGGUCAUCUCUAAGAAGGAGGCACUUCUGGAGAGAUUAGCAUGAAACAUAACUGCAGAGUUGGUUUUCUUUUAUUCUAAGUUAUUCUAAGUUUCACAGGAAAAACUUAGUUUUUUUUUUAAAUGCAACCCUAACCCAAGACUUUCAAUGGAAACCAAAGGGUAUUAAUACUAACCACUCGGCAUUAAAGAGGAACAUAAUCACUAACAUUUAACACUUGGUUGUGCUAAAGAUGCCGUCCGGGUCAUACUUUGUGUGCUUAAUGACUAAAAUUAGUGGAAUAUCUCUGUAGAUUUCUACAUCUAAGAGACGGGCUGCAGAAACUCUCACAGUCAAAGAUGGCCUCCUAUAAAAUGCUUGUUUUUGCAGCUGAUAAACUAUUACGUUACUGAAUCAUACACUCAGAUACUGACCUUUUCUGUUGAGUGAGAUCCUUCUUUUGAUUUUAGUUCAAUCUUUCUUUAAAACAGGCAGACUCCAUUGCCAACACCUCCAAUUUAGUGCUGCAGUACACUAGGGUCGCUGGUUUAGAGUCUGUGUCUAUUGCUUGGUAGUGCACACACCCUUAAUUUCAGAAUGCUUCCCCCAGCCAGCAUGUCCGUGUUGGCCCCAUAUGUGGGCUACAAUAUGGGUCCCAUGUGGGUUUGUCAGUGGGUUCCAUGGUGGCUCCAACUGUGCUUGCCCUCAAGUGUGGAUCAGCCCAUAAGAAACCCCUAUAGGCCGCAUCUAGAAAUCUUUGCAAUUGCCUAUGUUUACAAGUAGUAUCCACCUUGGAUCUCUAGAGAUCCAAUUUAAAACAUUUUUUAAACAUUUUUGGCCUGUUUCCCAUUUUAAAUUUUUUAUUGAACUUAUUUACAGACAUGCGGACUUCAAGAGAUGUACAGUGCUGUGAAAAAGUAUUUGGUCCCUUUCUGAUUCCUGAUUUUUUUGCAUUUUAUCACACUUAAAUGUUUCAGAUCAUCAAACCAAUUUUUAUAUUUCACAAAGACAACCCAAGUAAAUACAAAAUGCAGUGAUUGAAUGACUAAUUUUUGAAGGGGGUAAAAAAAAAUCCAAACCUAUCUGGCCCUGUGUGAAAAAGUUAUUGCCCCUGUGGUUCAAUCAUGAGUUAACUGUGAUUAACCACUGUUCUUGGAAAGUGGAGUUCAGUUUCAC